AACUCAGCUUAAAUCAGCGAACUAGCUUCAAAUCAAUUCCUAAUUACUUCAAUGGCUACCAAUACUCUACAAUGCUCUGCUUCCUGCUUGGUCGCAUCAAAACCCUCCGUUUCCAACAAAACCCCCAAAUUCUCUACAUUCCGUCCCUGCUCCGUCUCACUCCCUUCUUCCCGCGGUGUUAGAAGGCCGUUCAAACUCAUAGCUCAGUCCUCCGGUGGAGAUCAGAGCCAGGACACCUCCGUCGACGUGCAUCGCGUAAGCAGCAAUCAAGGUGGAUCCUCCGCCGUCAGCACCAACGACGGCAACCGCGCUGUCGAGCGCCGCCCUCGCCGGAUGUCCGCCCUCGACGCUUCCCCGUUCGGGCUUCUAGAUCCUUUGUCACCAAUGAGAACAAUGCGCCAAAUGCUGGACACGAUGGACAGGAUAUUCGACGACGUCCUGGCGUUCCCGGGGAGAACCGGAUCAACCGGAGAAGUGCGGGCCCCAUGGGACAUCAGAGACGAGGAACAAGAGAUUAAGAUGCGGUUCGACAUGCCUGGGCUCUCCAAGGAAGAGGUGAAGGUGUCUGUGGAAGACGACGUUCUGGUGAUCAAGGGAGAACAGAGGAAGGAUGAUGGUGGAAAGGACGAUUCGUGGUCGAAGAGUUACAGCUCGUACGACACGCGUCUUCAGCUGCCGGAAAGCUGUGACAAGGAUAAGGUGAAGGCGGAAUUGAAGAAUGGGGUCCUUUUCAUCUCCAUCCCGAAGACGAAGGUGGAGAAGAAGGUCAUUGAUGUUGAGAUCAAGUGAAAAGUCUUUCUGUAUUGCAACUUAAUGGUUGCUUGAACUCUGUUUUGAGUAUUUUGUGUGUAUGUGAGUCAUGUAUUAAUUUGUAGUGUACGGUACCUUCACUUGCGUGGACAAAUAAGGCAAGAACACGUAUAUAUAUAUCAAAACAUAUUCGGACUAUUAAUAAAAUCGCAUGGCCCACAACUAAA